AUAUGGUCAAAGGCAGCGGCGGGCGGCGCGCUCUGCCGGCGCUUCCUGCUCCGCUGAGCUCCGCGCCGCUCGCAGCAGCAGGGCGAGGCCGAUCCGCCCGCGCGCCCCGCCGCUGCCGUUAACAAGUGGGCGAAGAUGCCGUACGAGAUCAAGAAGGUGUUCGCCAGCCUCCCCCAGGUGGAGCGGGGCGUCUCCAAGAUCCUCGGAGGGGAUCCCAAAGGCAACAGCUUUCUGUACGCCAACGGGAAGUGCGUCGUCAUCAGGAACAUCGACAAUCCAGCAAUUGCAGACAUCUACACCGAGCAUGCCCAUCAAGUAGUGGUUGCCAAGUAUGCACCCAGUGGAUUCUACAUAGCAUCUGGAGAUGUCUCUGGAAAGCUUAGAAUCUGGGAUACCACACAGAAGGAACACUUACUGAAGUAUGAAUAUCAGCCUUUUGCAGGAAAAAUAAAGGAUAUUGCUUGGACUGAAGACAGCAAGAGGAUUGCAGUUGUUGGAGAAGGACGAGAAAAAUUUGGAGCUGUGUUCCUGUGGGAUUCUGGCUCUUCAGUAGGAGAGAUCACUGGGCACAACAAAGUGAUCAAUAGUGUGGAUUUAAAGCAAACAAGGCCUUACCGACUGGCAACUGGCAGUGAUGACAACUGUGCUGCAUUCUUUGAGGGACCACCAUUCAAAUUCAAGUUUACAAUAAGUGACCACACCCGCUUUGUGAACUGUGUGAGGUUCUCUCCUGAUGGGAACAGGUUUGCUACAGCUAGUGCAGAUGGCCAGAUUUUUAUUUACGAUGGAAAGACUGGAGAGAAAAUUUGUUGUCUGGGUGGAAAUAAAGCACAUGAUGGAGGAAUUUAUGCUAUUAGCUGGAGUCCUGACAGCAGCCAGUUACUUUCUGCUUCUGGAGAUAAAACUUCUAAAAUUUGGGAUGUUGGUGCUAACUCUGUAGUCAACACAUUUAACAUGGGAUCAAAUGUUCUGGAUCAGCAGUUGGGUUGCUUGUGGCAAAAAGACCAUUUGCUGAGCGUCUCCCUCUCUGGCUACAUCAACUAUUUGGAUAAGAACAAUCCAAGUAAGCCUUUACGUGUCAUAAAGGGUCACAGUAAAUCAAUUCAGUGUCUCACAGUGCAUAAAAAUGGUGGUAAAUCCUAUAUUUACUCUGGAAGUCAUGAUGGACAUAUUAAUUAUUGGGAUUCUGAAACUGGAGAGAAUGAUGGCUUUUUUGGGAAAGGCCAUACAAACCAGGUUUCUAGGAUGGCUGUAGACGAGAUGGAUCAGCUGGUCAGUUGCAGUAUGGAUGACACUGUGCGUUACACCAGCCUCAGCAAGAAAGACUACAGUGGUCUGGAUGCUAUAAAAAUGGAUGUUCAACCAAAAUGUUUAGCUGUUGGUCCUGGUGGAUAUACAGUAGUUGUAUGCAUUGGACAAAUCAUCUUGAUGAAGGAUAAGAAGAAAUGUUUUGUAAUCGAUGAUCCUGGUUACGAGCCAGAAGCUGUAGCAGUUCAGCCAGGAGGCAGUACUGUAGCCGUGGGAGGAUUGGAUGGAAAUGUCCACUUAUAUUCAAUCCAAGGAAUGUCCUUGAAAAAUGCUGAGAGGACUUUGGAAGCUAAAGGUCCUGUGACUGACCUGGCAUAUUCUCAUGAUGGUGCCUUUCUUGCAGUUUGUGAUGCAAACAAAGUUGUUACUGUCUUCAGUGUUGCUGAUGGCUAUGCGGAACACAAUGUAUUUUAUGGACACCACGCAAAAAUUGUUUGCAUUGCUUGGUCACCAGACAAUGAGCAUUUUGCUUCUGGAGGUAUGGAUAUGAUGGUGUAUGUUUGGACCUUAAGUGACGCAGAGACUAGCAUCAAGAUACCAGAUGCUCAUAGAUUACAUCAUGUAAGCAGCUUGGCAUGGCUAGAUGAACAUACCCUGAUAACAACAUCCCAUGAUGCUUCUGUCAAAGAGUGGUCUAUCUCCUACAAAUGAACAUAAACUCUGUCUUUUGGAAGGACCUAAUCAGGGAUUAGAACUACUGCAGUGGAACAUAGCAUUUCUCUUAACAAAUCUGUAAUGGCCUCUGGGUCUUCUAUCAUAUCCUCAUAUCUUUACAGGGUGUUCAUAUCUGUAAUUAAAUGUACUUUGAAAGCUUUAGCCAGUAACAGUUUGCACAUGAAAAGCACUUAACUUAUGUCUGGAGCUUAUCCUUUGUGCUGAACAUUCCAGAGGCAACAGCCUAGCAAGUUGGCGUGAACGAUUCAAACCUGACCAGUUCUUUUCUAACAAAGAAUACAUGAAAUUGUACAGCAUGAGAGAGGGACUUCUCAUUUUUCUAAUUGCAGAACAUUUCUGUACUAACGGUCAUAGUAAAAAUAUUUAGUUGUGAUCCAAAAGAAAUCAAUCUGUGUGCAGCUACUGUAUAUUGCUUUGCUUGUCUGUACUGCACCAAACUGUUGCCUCAGAUUUCCUCCUCCAGAUAAUGAAGUGGGGUACAUGCAUAAUAAACUUUUUAUGUAUUUCAUGUCAACUUCUGUGAUUAUUUUAGGAUGAUAAUGUGGGAUUUUGAUGUACUUACUGUUGUGGGUUUAAUGUUUACAAACAACUAUCAUGGUGUUUUCUUCAGAAACAUCCGUUACCUUAUGAACAACUGAGUGGUCAUUUCAGUGUCGGGAGAAAAUUAAAUUUCUGCUUUUAAAGAUAUAUGUUUUGUUUCAUAAGGAGAAGAAUCAAGUUAUUGUAAACACAUUCACAGUAAUUAUAACACUUUUAAAGGUACAGGAAUUAAAUUAAGUGAAGCAUUGUUACGACGUGAUUUUUGCAAACAAAGCAAUUUAAGUAGUGCUGAAUAUUACUUCUACAAUAGCAGAACCCAAUUACAGUGAAGCUGUUUUAACAAGCCAUUCAGAUUAAUUACUCCUUACAUUUUUUUUUUAUUUUUUUUUUUUUCCCCUUCCUCACAAUCCACUGUCAAGUUUUUUAAUUUCAAUGACUUGAAGUUUUAGGGUAUGGAAGAGCAGAGGAAAAAGACAGUUGCUAUGGAAAGGUAGGUAGGUAGAUGACUAGAUCUUGUGACCAAAGAAGAAGCUGCCACUGCCCAAAGGUUUCGAGUAUUAAAAGGACAUUUUUUCCUGAGUCAUGUUUUGUAUUUUAAAGGGAUUUUUUUGUUUUAAUACUCUCUCUUAUCUCGUGAUUUCAGCUUGUUAGAGUGUUUCCCUUUUUAUCUGAAUGGGAAUAUUUGUUACUUUAGCCAAUCAGUGUCCUUAAUGACUCCUGAUAGACAUCAGAUUUAAAAAUUCUGUUCCUGCUUGCAUACUGGCCUCUGUCCAGUUAGUUACCUUUAUACUUUUGGAUAUUAAAGGGCUUGAUGUGGCAUCUUUUAAAAUUAUACUUUAAAUUUCCAUACAAGUUUAAACUUUUGAAACCUACAAGAAUUCCUAUCCAACUCGCUCAUUGUUAACUUGAGGUAAACUUUCACCAAAGUGAAGUUUUUUCUUUUGUGUAAUUCUUUAUUGGACCCUCUGCACUGCUCCUUAUUUUUCGUAAUAUUCAUGUAUGUAAAAUUUAAAGGGCAAAAGGGUGGAGGAUUUGAGGAUAUGUAUAUCUGAAAUAAAGAAUGUUGAACAAG